UUAAGCCUAAAGUCAGCAUGUUAUCACACUGAAGGCUUCUGCAAAAGUGAGAAAAGCUAAACAAAAAUGUUCCCAUUUAAAAGUCAUUAGGAUUUGGAACUGAGUGCAGAGAGUUGAUUCAUAGAGUUAGUAUCUACCAGCAAGACGACAAGAAGACACAAAGUGUUUUCAUUGACACUUGGCUUCGUUUGUUGCAAUCAGUAUUCUAUCAAAGACAUCAUGGCAUCAGAGAUUAGCCUAGUAAGCCAUUCCCAGCUACCUUCAACGGAUGGAUUUUCUCUUUCUGAAGCUUCUCCUUUAUUUGGUGUCCUUCCAGAUCCAAUGACUUCUCCACUGCAAGAUUCUGAUGUGUCACCAUAUUCCCAGUACAACCCUGUGCACUUUCCACCAGCACAGCCAACAAUCUCUUCACCGUCUUAUUACUCCAGCCUUAGCUUCUAUCCCCAGCAGCCAGAGGAAUGGUAUUCCUCAACCAUGUAUGAACUCAGAAAAAUGCCUUCUGAUAACUUCUUCACUAAGGAGCCAGACCUAGUGAGCGCAUCUGUGGCCAGGAGGUCUCGAGUGGGGAGUUCAUCUGGAAGAAUGAAAGGCGAGGAGCUCUGUGUUGUCUGUGGUGACAAAGCUUCUGGAUACCAUUAUAACGCUCUUACCUGUGAGGGCUGCAAAGGAUUUUUCAGAAGAAGUAUCACCAAAAAUGCUGUGUACAAGUGUAAAAAUGGAGGAAACUGCGAGAUGGACAUGUAUAUGAGAAGAAAGUGUCAGAUGUGUCGUCUACAGAAGUGCAAGGAAGUUGGGAUGCUGGCUGAGUGUUUGUUAACAGAAAUUCAAUGCAAGUCAAAACGGUUAAGAAAAAAUACAUCACAGCCUCUAGAUCAGUCAACUGGUGAAGAUACUGAUGGUUCUGAUGUGAAGCAAGUGUCCUCUACAACCAAGUUCUACAAGGAGAAAGUAGAACUAACUCCAGAACAACAGAAUCUCCUGCACUAUAUCAUGGAUUCAUAUAAUAAACAACGGAUCCCUCCUGAAGUUUCUAAAAAGCUUUUACAAGAGGAAUUCAGUGCUGAAGAAAACUUUCUCAUCUUAACAGAAAUGGCCACCAGUCAUGUACAAGUUCUUGUGGAAUUCACCAAAAGAUUACCAGGCUUCCAAACCCUUGACCAUGAGGAUCAAAUUGCAUUGCUAAAGGGUUCUGCUGUGGAAGCCAUGUUCCUUCGCUCAGCUGAGAUUUUCAACAGAAAACUCCCUACAGGCCAUGCUGACCUCCUGGAAGAGAGAAUUCGUAACAGUGGUAUCUCAGAUGACUACAUAACACCCAUGUUCCAAUUCUAUAAGAGUAUUGGGGAACUGAAGAUGACACAAGAAGAAUAUGCUCUACUCACAGCAAUAGUUAUCUUAUCUCCAGAUCGGCAAUAUAUACAGAACAGGGAAUCUGUGGAAAGGCUUCAAGAGCCCCUGCUGGAAGUUUUGCAAAAGUUCUGCAAGCUUUAUCAUACCGACAACCCUCAACAUUUUGCCUGCCUCUUGGGUCGUCUUACAGAACUACGGACUUUUAAUCACCAUCAUGCGGACAUGCUGAUGUCGUGGAGAGUCAAUGAUCACAAGUUUACACCUCUUCUUUGUGAAAUAUGGGAUGUCCAGUAAUAAGAAUGGAUUUAGUUGCAACCCUAACCACGUGUACUUGGAAAAAUAGAACUGACUUCAUGCAAAUGUUUUCAGUAUCAAUUUUUAUCACCUGAACCUAAAAGCAUUUAUAGUAAAUUUUUCUUACAGUAGUUUGUCAGUUAGUUUUUUAACAAACAUUAUCCUAACGACAUGUACUGGAAAUUCUGGGGUGAUGGUCUUGUUCUCCAACUUUUCACUGCCCUUUUGGAACAACAACAACAACAAAUUCCCAAGACAUGCCUGAAGUUGUUAUACUCUUAUCUCUUCUGCAAGUAAACUGAUUGUAUCUACAUAUCUUCCUUCAGAAUUAUGAAAUCUCCGUGUGUGUUCAUUAUAUUCUGCUCAGUUCAAAUGUUUUAUUGACAAUUUUGUAGUUGCUAUAAGAACUCAGUAAAUAUUAUUUUGCCCAAGUA